AUGGCUUCCUCACCCUCCAAGACCGAGCAAUGUUUGUUCUGCUCGAUGUCGGAGUCGAUGUCUGAGGACGUAAACUGGGUCCAAUGUGGGAAGUGUCAACACUGGGCACAUUUUUCUUGCGCUGGUGUUGAUCAAGGGGUUGUCAACAGUGAUUGGCGGUGCCCACAGUGUCUCCCAAGUAGUGCGCAGCAGCUGAAAGUUCCGGAUGCAGCGGCCAAGAAGCGGAGCAAGAAGUCCGGCCAAAGAAGCGAUAGAGGGUCCGACCUGGGAGCUGGCUCUGACGUGGAUCCGAUUGAGAAGCAGUUGGAAGAGGAGCAACUCGCCAAGGAGAAGGCCUUUGCAAAGCAGAUGGCGGCGCGGAAGAAACUACUUGCUCGGCAGAAGGCGUGGAAGGAAGAACAGCAGAGGCAAGAACAGGAGAUGCGUGAGCUGGAACUCCAGGUUCAACGCGAAAUGGAGGAGCAGCAGUUGGAGCACGAACAGAAGUUACUGGACGCCCAACUGGCAGCAGAGCAAGCGUUUGUGAAGAAGCGGGAAGCGAUUCGGAGGCAGUUUACGAGCAGCGUCAACCGAGUCAACGCGCUGAAAGGCCAAGAAAGCGCUGUUGGCGAAGCUUCGGAGGACCAUCCGAAGAAGAGAGUGAAGGAGUGGCUGAAGGAUCAGUCGGCGGCAGUCGUCAAGCCGUCGACCGCGGAUUUUCGGGGAGCGUACCCGAAAGGAGACGAACUAUUCGGAGCGGGAUGCUCGACGCAAGUUGGCAAGCCAAAGCCGAUGUCGAAAGUGCCGGUGAUCACGGAAUUCGAAGCUGGCACAAGUGAGGACAGCGACAGUGAUGGCGACAGCAGCAGCGACGAGUCGUUUAAAGACGUUCGUGCGGAGAGCAGCCGGCGUGGCAGUCUGCGGAGGAGCAGAGUUGUUGACGGGCCGGGGCCAAGAGUUGGCCGAAUCUACGAAGAGCAGCUAGAUGAUCGAGCGGAAAGCAGCCGGCAUAGCAGUCUGCGGAGAAGCAGAGGUGCUGAAGGGCCAGGGCCAAGCGUUGGUCGGAUCUCCAGGGAGCAACUAGCUGCUCGAAAAGCAGUGUCGCAACACCUUCCAAAGUUUCGGGGAGAAGCAGAAGUCUGGCCGCUGUUCAUUAGCAGCUUCGAAUACACGACGGCGGCGUGCGGAUUUUCAAAUCUGGAGAACCUGAAGCGGUUGCAGGACUGCUUACAAGGCGACGCACUCGAGGCAGUAAGAAGCAGGCUGGUUUUACCGGACUCAGUACCAGACGUGAUAACCGAUCUACGGAAUCUAUUCGGGAAGCCGGAGAAGCUGCUGAAGACGCUGCUGACGAAGGUGAGAAACGCUCCAGCGCCGAGAGCCGAUCGGCUGGAAACCUUCAUAAGUUUCGGCAUCACGGUAAAGCAAUUAUGUGAUCAUCUCGAAGCGGCACAGCUCAGCGACCACCUCAAUAACCCGAUGCUAGUGCAGGAGCUGGUCGACAAAUUGCCGCCGAGCUACAAGCUGGAUUGGGUCCGGUAUAAGCGCGGCAGAGUGGACAGUCCGCUGAGGAUGUUCACUCGAUUCACAACCGACAUCGUUUCCGACGUCUCCGAGGUGACGGAGUUCUCUACACUGUCGGUGAACGAGCGGGUGCGGCCUGGAAGAGAGAAUCCCCGGAAGAAGGAGUUUGUGCAUGUGCACGAAUCAGAGAAGAGGCAGCAUGAAGGUUCUCGCAGCGAGGUGACCAGCCGGCCAUGUUGGAUUUGUAGGCGAACGGAUCAUCUCAUCCGUAAUUGCGAUGAGUUUAGGAAAAUGAACAUCGCGGAGCGGCUACGAGAAGUCGAGAAGCAGAAACUCUGCGGAAUCUGCUUGAACAAACACAGCGGAAGUCGGUGUUCGUCGAAGAUCCGGUGUAUGAUGCGGAAUUGCCAGGGAUCUCAUCAUCCUUUGCUGCACCGGGUGGAAGAGUCAGUGCAGCUGCAAGAAGCGAAGUCAGACUGCAAAGUGAUUUUCCGGAUGAUGCAAGUGACACUUCACGUCGGCAAGCGGCAGUACGACACCGUCGCAUUUCUGGACGAAGGGUCGUCGGCGACGUUGGUGGACGACGCGGUGGCAAAGCGACUGAAGGCAGAAGGGACGCUAGAGCCGCUGAUAGUCACGUGGACCGGCAACAUCAACCGGUUUGAGAACGAGUCCAGAAGCGUGGAGAUGAUGAUGUCAGCGAAGGGCUCAAAGGAGAAGUAUCCACUGUUCAACACGCGGACAGUAUCUGAGCUGCAGCUUCCCAAACAGAAGGUUCGGUUUACAGAGGUGGUGAAGCGGUACACACAUCUUGCUGGUGUGCCGGUGAAGGACUUUCCGUCCGGCGUACCGACGAUUCUCAUCGGGCUAGACAACCUGCAUCUUUUCGCACCGCUGGAGUCUCGUGUUGGGAAGCCGAACGAACCGAUCGCAGUUCGGUCGAAGAUGGGCUGGACGAUUUACGGCUCCGAGAAACGGAGGCCUACGGCGCAGACGUAUUUAAACCUGCACUCCGUCACACCGGUGAGCAAUCAGGACCUCCACGACCUGAUACGGGAGCAGUACGUGCUGGAGGAGGCGCCAACCGCAUCAUACGCCAUUCCAGAACCGGCGGAAGAAAAACGGGCUCGAGAAAUCCUCGAGUCGACAACGAAGCGAGUAGGCGAUCGUUUCGAAACAGGCUUGCUGUGGCGAAGCGACGAAAGGCGAUUUCCGGACAGUUACCCUAUGGCCGUCCGGCGGAUGAAAGCACUCGAUCGAAAACUGGAACGAAACCCAGCGCUGAAGGAGAACGUGUGUCGGCAGAUCGAGGACUAUCAGUCGAAGGGAUACGCGCACAAAGCUACCGAUGCUGAGUUGUCGGAGACGCCGCUGAAUGCGGUGUGGUAUCUACCGCUGAACGUCGUGGUGAAUCCACGGAAACCAGGCAAGGUGCGACUAGUAUGGGACGCGGCGGCAUCAGUGAACGGAACGUCGUUGAAUUCGGAGCUACUUAAGGGUCCGGACAUGUUGGUCCCUCUUCCCCGAGUCAUCUGCCAUUUUCGAGGGCGUCCGGUGGCCUUCGGCGGGGACAUCCAGGAAAUGUACCACCAAAUCCGCAUCAGAACGGAGGAUAAGCAAGCGCAGCGGUUUCUCUUCAGGAACAGUAGCGAGGAAGCUCCGCAGGUGUAUGUCAUGGACGUGGCAACCUUCGGCUCGACGUGCUCGCCAAGCUCAGCACAAUACGUGAAGAACUUGAACGCCGAGCAGUAUUCGGAGCAGUAUCCAGAAGCGGCAGUAGCGAUAGUCAAGCGGCACUACGUUGACGAUUACUUCGACAGCGUGGACACAGUAGAGGAAGCGAUCCGGCGAGCCAACGAAGUGAAAUUCGUUCAUUCGUGUGGCGGGUUCCGAAUCAGGAACUGGGUGUCGAAUUCCGGAGAGUUCCUGGAGAAGCUUGGAGAGCGAAGUGGUGAGUCGGCAGUGCAUUUCAGCCUGGACAAGAGCACGGACUACGAGCGGGUGCUAGGAGUUGUAUGGGAUACGAUCCAAGACGUUUUCUGUUUCGCAAAGGCCUCGAAGACAGAACACUCGAAGGUCCUACGAGGAGAAGAACGUCCGACGAAGCGAAUUGUGCUCAGUAUAGUGAUGGCACAGUUUGAUCCGGUGGGUUUCCUCACGCCAGUCACCAUUCUGGGAAAAAUGCUGAUCCAAGACCUCUGGAGGACAGGCUGUCAGUGGGACGACGAAGUGGACGAAGCAUCCUUCAACAAGUGGAAACGGUGGACGAACAUUCUAGCGGAUGUGCACGCAUUCAGACUGCCACGCAGCUACUUCGGUCACGCUCGGUUGGAAGAGAUUAGCGACGUACAAUUGCACAUUUUUGCGGAUGCGAGCGAGACGGCGUAUGGAUGCGUAGCGUAUUUCCGAGCAAUAGUACGAGGAGAAGUGAUGUGCGCGCUGGUAAUGAGCAAAGCAAAGGUAGCACCGUUAAAGCAGCUGUCAAUUCCUCGUUUGGAACUUCUGGCAGCGGUUCUUGGGGCACGGAUGUCGCAGACGGUACGCGAGAACCACAACUUCGCCAUCACGAAGGUGGUGUUCUGGAUUGAUGCAGAGGUGGUGCUGUCAUGGAUCCGAUCCGAUCAGCGCCGCUAUAAGCAGUUCGUCGGAUUCCGCAUUGGAGAAAUCCUGAGCCUGACGAGACUGGCAGACUGGCGAUGGGUGCCAACAAGGCUGAACGUAGCGGACCAGCUGACGAAGUGGGGCAAGAAUCCGGAGAUACACCCGGACAGCCCGUGGGUGCGAGGACAGCAGUUCCUGUACGAGAGCGAGGAAGACUGGCCGAUGAAGAAUUUGCCGCCGGUGAACACAACGGAGGAACUACGAGUGCACUUGUUGUUGCACGAUGUGAAGGUCCCAGCGGUGCUUGUGGACGCGAACCGCUUCUCGAAGUGGACGGUCCUGGUGCGAACGAUGGCGUGUGUGCUACGAUUCGUAUCGAACUGUAAGCGGAGGAGGGGACGGCUUCCGAUUGAAACUCUACGAGCGACGAGCAGUCAACUGAAGGUGCGGUUAUCGAAUGAAGGUGUGUCAGUUCGCGUACCCUUGAAGCAAGAGGAGUAUGAGAAGGCGGAACGGUGUCUGCUAAAGAUAGCACAGUCUGAAUGCUUCAUCGACGAGCUGAAGGUGCUGUCCAGGAACCAGUGUCGACCAGUAAGCCAGUGGAUGGUCAUCGAGAAGGCCAGCCCGCUAUACAAGCUGACCCCGAUGAUCGACGAAGACGGACUGAUACGGAUGGAGGGACGCGUCGAAAGAGCGGAAUCCCUACCGUUCGACCUCCGGUUUCCGGUCAUUCUUCCGGGUGACCACCGAAUCACGAGGCUGAUUGUGCAGCAUUAUCACGAGAGAAGCGGCCACGGUUACCGCCAGGCGGUGAAAAACGAAUUGCGGCAGCUGUACUACAUCCCACACGUAGAUGCAGUAGUCCGGAAGGUGGUAGCUUCCUGCGUAUGGUGCAAGGUGCAUCGUUGUCGUCCUGGAACUCCGAGGAUGGCUCCGCUGCCAGUGCAGCGAAUCACACCUCACCUACGGGCAUUUAGCUACGUCGGUGUCGAUUACCUGGGACCAUUUGAUGUGACUGUAGGACGCAGGACGGAGAAGAGGUGGAUCGCGCUGUUUACCUGCAUGGUUACACGCGCGGUGCAUUUGGAAGUGGCACACGGACUGACGACUCAGUCAUGUUUGAUGGCGAUACAUCGAUUUAUCGCCCGCCGAGGCUGGCCGGUCGAGUUUUUCUCGGAUAACGGCACGAAUCUGCGAGGAGCAAGCAAGGAAGUAAUGGAGGCUACGCAGGGAAUCAGCGAUAACUGUGCAGAACAACUGACGAACGCGAGAACGAGGUGGACAUUCAACCCUCCGGCCGCGCCGCACAUGGGAGGCGUCUGGGAGCGGUUGGUCCGCUCAGUGAAAGAAGCGCUCAUAGCGCUCGACGAUGGACGGCGGUUAACGGACGAGAUCCUGAAAACUGCAAUAGUUGAAGCCGAGGAUAUCAUCAACUCCCGUCCGCUAACACAUGUGUCGCAGGAGUCGGACGAAGCAGAAGCGCUGACUCCGAACCAUUUUCUGAGGGGUCCAUCUCCGAACCAGCCAUGUGUGACACGGCCACCUCCUCAUCCGGCGGAGGCCCUUCGGGACGCGUUCCAGCGUUCACAGCAGUUGACCAGCGUGAUGUGGGAGCGGUGGAUCAAAGAGUACGUGCCGUCGUUGAACCAGAGGACAAAGUGGUUCGGCGAAGCAAGACCGCUGCGAGUUGGAGACGUAGUAUACGUGGUCGAAGGUAUCAACCGGAAGUGCUGGGUCCGUGGCGUGAUUGAGGAAGUCGUUGUAUCCAGCGACGGGAGGAUCCGUCAAGCAUGGGUGCGUACCAGCACGGGAAGGUUCAAGCGAGCAACAGCGAAACUGGCCGUGAUGGAGAUAACUGAGAGUAACCCUGAACCGGAUAUAGACUCCCGGACAGAGUUACGGGCCGGGGAAUGUUCUGGCAACACUGGCCAGUCACGAGCCACAUCGAGGUAA